ACCGUCCUCUGCACUCUGCACAUACGCGAUUGUUUUUAACUUUCAAAUCAUCGUUUUCAGCGAGUUUGUGCAUUUAUCUUGUCCACCUAGUCGCCACUUGCAUCCUGCUGAUUUGCUGAUGUUCCUCCAAUGACUUCGCCUGCGUCACUCCGAGACCUUUACGCUGCUCCGGCUAACGCUUGGUCAUUCGCACCUCCCAAUCCAAUCAACGCUACAGCAUCGUCCUCAGCACCUUCUACCUCUGCAUCUUCCUCGUAUCAAUGGUCUACCAGGCCGGCGCCUAAUCCUUUGUUGGACUUGUCCACUUCGUUAGGCGAUGAUGGUUCUGGUAUUGACGUGAAGUUGAUCCUACAAGGUCUCUUCGCUUCGGCAUUACUUCAAUAUGCCACCACUGCGCUUUCUAUUCCUUGGGAUGUAGGGAAGACUCUGUUACAGGUGCAGUGGGUACCUCGUGAUGUUGGUGACCUUCCCGCAGGAGCUGUUCUCAUAACGGAUGAAGAAGACGAAGAAGAAAGCGGUGAAUCAUCUGCUGAGAAUGACUCGUAUUUCGCCGACCCUACAGAUGCUAAUGCAGAACGUGUGCCUCGUCGACUAUCAGACGAUCGAGGAUAUAUCGUUAGACAGUCUGUGCUCGAGGAAGGCACUAUUCCUGAAUAUGUCAUACCGGUUGGCAGUGCGGACGGGACUUGGGGUAUGAUGAAGCGACUAGGUCGCUUUAAACCUGAAGGAUGGUUGUCCCUUUGGAAAGGGCUUUUGACAACUGCUAUCGGCGAAUCGUUAGCCUUGGGUCUUCAACCCGUAGUACAAUCUAUCCUAGAAUCCAUAAUUCCGAUAUCCUCGUCGUCACCCUAUGGACCCCCACCACUCUUAUUCCCCGUCGUCUCUCAAGUAAUCACUGGAUUUAUUCUCUCACCGCUGGACCUGGUUCGAACACGUCUCGUUGUUCAAUCAUCACACCCACGAUAUCGCACUUAUUCCGGGCCUAUCAACGCGCUUCAGAAGAUCAUCUCGGAAGAGGGUGGCCUCAAAGGCGUAUACCUCCAUCCCCAUUUGUUGGUUCCCGCCCUGCUCGAUUGCACGCUACGUUCUUUAGUUCCAUUCAUCCUUCCGGGUCUAGUGGCGUCGUACCUUUCCUUCGGUGGUGCACCGCCAACGCCGGAGUCGGCACCCUUCAUGUGGGCUGUGUCUGAAUUCCUUGGCAGUUGUGCCGGACUUCUUGUAACACUUCCAUUCGAGACUGUUCGCAGGAGACUGCAAGUACAGGUCCGUGGGACGGCGAAACCGAUAAAGGCAUGCGUCGAGAUUCGGCCGGCUCCUUACAAUGGCAUUGUCGAUGCUUUCUGGCAUAUUCUGACAGAGGAACGGUCGGACCUCCCCCUUAAGCCGACACGAAGGAGACGUAAGAGUGUCAGUGCUAAGGGUAAAACACCGGAGGGUAAAGUGGAUUCAAGGCCGGAAGGUGAAGAGGAAGAGACUUGGUUGAGGAACACAGGCAUUGGACAACUCUAUCGGGGUUUGGGUAUGCGCGUAGGGGCCAGUGCGAUUGUUUUCAUACUGACGAUGUUCAGUGGAGGGGAUGAGGUCGAUGCUGGCUGGGCAGAACUAUGAGCGGAUGAAUGUGUAGACAGUAUUAUAAUUGAAUAAUUGAUAUUAUUUAUGUUAUCCUUAAACAUAUUAAAUAGGAAAUAUAGUGCGAUUAAGGCGCUAUAGUGUAGUGGU